AUGUUGCUCAACAAAAUUUUUUCAUUUUAUACUUCUCGUUUAAAUAUCAAAAACAUUUUUGCGUUUAAAAAUUUAUCAUCAAAUGUUAUUUCGAGUAAAGCAAAUUUUUCACAUCAGCCAAAUGUAAAAUCAAAUAUUAUUGAUUCUGGAUAUAAAUUAACUACAUUACCUUCUGGUUUUCGUGUUGCCUCAGAAACUUUGAAAAUGUCAACAGCAACGGUUUUUGUAGGAGUUUGGAUUGAUGCUGGCAGUCGUUACGAGGAUGAAAAUAACAGCGGAGUUGCUCAUUUUCUUGAACAUAUGGCUUUUAAGAAAAGAACUCAACACCAAUUAGAAUUGGAAGUAGAGGAUAUGGGGGCACAUUUAAAUGCUUACACUUCGAGAGAACAUACUGUUUAUUACGCAAAAUGUUUAUCUUCUGAUUUGGAGAAAUCUGUUGAGAUUCUUUCUGACAUUUUAUUGAGAAGUGUUUAUGACGAAGGGGCAAUUUAUAGAGAACAACAAGUAAUUCUUAGAGAGGCUGAAUCGAUUGAACAAAAUGUACAAGAAGUUGUGUUUGAUCAUUUACAUGCAAAUGCUUUUGCUGGAUCGCCUCUUGAAAGAACUAUUUUGGGAACUAACCAAAAUAUUAAAAACAUGACAAGAGAUCAUUUAAUUGAUUAUGUCAAAAAAUAUUACAAAGGCCCGAGAAUGGUAUUAACCGCUGCUGGAGGAGUUGACCAUGAUUAUUUGGUGGAACUUGGAAAGAAAUAUUUUGGGAAUAUAGAAAGAGGGGAUGAACACAAAACUAUUGAAAACCCUGAAAUGAAAAUGACUUAUGGAACUUUGGCUGUAGAGGGAACAAGUUGGACUAAUCCUGAUAAUGUUGCUAUACAAGUGGCGAAUACUAUGAUUGGACAAUAUGACAGAACUCAAAGUAUUGGUAUACUUGGAAGCUCAACUCUAGCAACUUCACUUGGUCAUGAUUCUGGUGUUGAAUCAUUUAUGGCCUACACGACUUCUUAUAAAGACGUCGGUCUAACUGGUAUUUAUUUUUGUGCUGAGCCCCGUGCACUAGAAAAUCUUGUUAAAUGUGUUUGUAAUGAAUGGAGGUCAUUGUCCGGUGAUAUAAAUGUUGAUAGUUUAGAGAGGGCGAAAUCUUCUUUGUUAACAAAUUGUGCAUUAAUUUUGGAUGGAUCAACAGCUGUUUGUGAGGAUAUUGGAAGGUUUUUAAAUUUUCUAAAAAAAUCGGAAAAAAUUUUUAAACUUGAUAAGAAAUUGAAUUAGGAAGGGAAUUUACUUAUAAUGAAUCAGUGCUUCCCCAAAUAUUUUAUUUGGGUUCAAAACCUCAAUUUUAUACACAAUCGAAUCAAAAUGAUAUGAAACUAAAAAGUUGUUUAUUAUAAUGAGGGGCUGGCUCGUAACCAGGAUUUUUUCGGGAGGGCCAAGGGGGAAACUUUUGAUUUUACUACCGCAGGCGAAAAUUUUAGUUAGGAGCCUGAUUAGGGGAAUUUCUUUUUAUCAAAAAUAAUUAAUUUUUAAAAUUUUUCUUUUAUUUUUCAUUGUUAAAUUUUAGGCAAAUUUUAAUUUAUGGUAAAAGAUUGAAUGUUGAAGAAUUGGCCGAAGAAAUUAAUUCAGUCACGCCUGAUACAAUUAGAUCAAUUGGUGAACGCUAUUAUUUGAACAAACCGUUUUCGUAUGUUGUUGUUGGAAACACUAGUAAUUGGCCGAGUGGACAGAAAAUUAAAAAGAUGCUGAGCAAGCCAUAAAAUUUAUAUUUAAUUUUAAAAUUUUGACCAUUAAAAAUGUUUUUGUUGUUUAAUUAACUAUAAAUUUUUUUUUUAAAUUUUAAUGGAUGUCCUCGUUUGAACUUUAUUAUUAAAGUUCACAAAUGUUUGAUUAACAAAGCUGUCAGGUUCAAAAAAAUUUCUUUUUGUCAUUUUUUAACUUUUAGACAAUUUUUGUUGUGUU